GGGCAGUAAUUAAGAAUAUCAAUAACAUAGCUUCAAAAUCAUUACUAUUAGGGGCCUUUUGGAGAGUAACUAAUACUUAUGUGCAUGUUUGGCAUGAGGACAUUCCUUCUGUUUAUGCGUGCGUCUGUCUUCAUUUUCUCUCUUAUAGGAGAAUCUACUAAGGCGGCUGUUCCUCAGUCCGAAGUGACGGAAAACGGGGUUUAUAUUGUUUACAUGGGCGCUGCCGUGGACUCUUCAUCAUCAAAUGAUGCGGUCGAAGCGGGCAUAGCCCACCUCAUGACCUCAGUCAUUAAAAGGAAAAGAGAGGUAUUGGUGCACAGCUACACAAAUGGGUUCUCAGGAUUUGCGGCCCGGUUGACAGAGGAAGAAGCCCAAUCCAUUGCCCAACAGCCCGGAGUGGUGUCUGUCUUCCCAGACCCGGUUCUCCACCUACAUACAACUCGUUCAUGGGAUUUCCUGCAAUCAUUUUCCAGUAAAAAAGAUUAUUCCAAGCUAAGAUCACCUUACUCUGGUCAAUCAUCAUCAUCAUCAUCCACUAGAUCAGACACCAUCAUAGGCAUCUUGGAUACAGGGAUAUGGCCAGAAUCUGCUAGUUUCAGUGACAAGGGCAUGGGACCUAUCCCAACACAGUGGAAAGGAAUGUGCAAGCAAGGAAAAGAUUUCAAUUCGUCUCUUUGCAACAGGAAAAUCAUCGGGGCUAAAUACUAUUCAGGGAGUUCAAAGAGAGGGUCACCGAGGGACCAUAAUGGUCAUGGAACCCACGUUGCCUCCACGGCAGCAGGCUCCCUCGCCCACGGCGCGUCAUACUACGGACUGGCUUCAGGGACAGCCAAAGGUGGGUCCCCCACUUCGAGAAUUGCCAUGUACCAAGUCUGUACUACAUACGGAGGGUGCCUAGGAUCAGACAUUUUAAAAGGUUUCGAUGAUGCAAUUAAGGAUGGAGUGAAUGUGCUGUCAUUGUCUCUGGGUGGAGGGUAUGGAGAAAAAACAGACUACUCAAAAGAUCCUAUUGCCAUCGGCUCCUUCCAUGCUGUGGAGAAAGGCAUCGUCGUCGUAUGCUCGGCUGGGAACGGUGGUCCCGACACUAGCACCGUUGUCAAUGAUGCUCCGUGGAUCCUAACCGUCGCCGCCUCCACACUCGACCGCCACUUCCGGUCACAAAUCAUCUUGGGAGGAAACAAAGUGAUCGAGGGCACGGCCAUUCAAUUCAGCAAACUCAAAAAAACUCCAGUGUACCCAUUGGUCACCGGAGCUUCGGUUAAAUGGGAUAAUGCUACCCAAAGUGACGCAAGGGCAUGCGUCUCAGACACUUUAAACCCUGUCAAGGUGAACGGUAACAUUAUUGUAUGUGAAAACCAAGAGCAAGACAGUUUCUAUGAUUAUAUGUGGAUGGCAAAUGAGGUCAAAAGUGCAGGUGGGCUGGGAAUAAUAGCGACAACCAGUGAUGAAUAUAGCCUCAUUGCCCUGAAAUUUGAUACUUUUCCGGCGUCUAUGGUUACACAAAAGGAAGGCAACAAAAUACUCUCUUACAUUAGCUCAGCCAAACACCCGGUGGCGACAAUCCUCCCAACUGUCACAACACUAGGACAGGAACCAGCUCCAGCAGUAAUCUUUUUUUCAUCAAGAGGCCCUUCGCUUACUAGCCUAAAUCUUCUCAAGCCUGAUAUUACUGCACCUGGGGUUAACAUUCUAGCUGCAUGGCCUGAUGAUGACAAAUCAGAUGGGUCCAUGAUUCCGGGCAAAAAUCCAGGUUACAAUCUAGAAUCAGGCACGUCUAUGUCUUGCCCACAUAUAUCAGGAGUUGCGGCUGUGGUUAAGGCUCAUAACCCUGCAUUUAGUGUAUCAGCAAUUAGAUCAGCUAUUAUGACCACAGCCACACAGACAAACAACCACAAUGGACCAAUAAGAACUUCAUCUGGAUCAAUUGCAACGCCGUAUGACUACGGGGCAGGUCAAGUCAACCCCACAUCGGCAUUAGACCCCGGGCUGGUUUACGAGACGGAGAUUGAAGAUUACGUGCUAUUCUUAUGUGCUACGGGCUAUAACACAUCCCAAAUUAGGCUCAUCUCAUCAACAACUAGAAAAGACUUUGAGUGCCCCCAUGAUUUGUCUCCAGAUUCAAUCUCUAACCUCAACUAUCCUUCAAUAGCCAUAUCAAAGCUCAACCAAGGUGAAACUAAGAUAGUAACCAGAAAAGUAACUAAUGUUGGUGAUGAAAAUUCGGUGUACACUGCAACUAUCACAGCAGAUAGGGGCAUGGACGUCACAGUAUCCCCUAAAAAGUUAGUUUUUACUAGAGGCAUAAAGAAGGUAACUUACAAAGUGACUGUCACAGCUAAGUCAACACCAAAGAAAGACAUCUUUAGUUUAAUUACCUGGAAAAGUGGCAAGUACACAGUUCGAAGUCCAAUAGUUGUCAGCACAGAGUAACACACAGGGGACAGAUUGAUGGAUGAAUAAAUCAUUGUUGCAACAUGUACAGAUCAUACUCAAGUUCAUAGGUAGUCAAUAUGAAAAUAAAAUCCGGCAAAUUAAACAGCCACUUUUGUUUUUAAGACUCGGGUAUCAAAGAGAUCAUGCUUAGUUACACUAAGCCAAGCAAAACUAGAAGAACACAAAAGUACAUCAAUUAUUAGACUCAGAAGGAAGCAUCACAUGGAUGCUAGCAUUUACAUUGUUACUUUAUUGGAGUGAAAAUGAGCAUGCCACUUGUCAUAAUGUAUCGUGGUGUCUUUUUUAAAGUUUAUGCACAUGCAAAUUUACCAAGUUAUUUUGUCUAGUUAUUACUCCGUAUAAUAAAAUGAUUGGAGUGUCUUAACACUGUUUAAUUCUAUUUAGUUUUUUUGCUAAUUAAUUGGUUAAUUUUCUUCAGUUCCUAUUGUGAAUCGAGCAAAUGAGUGAAACAACUAACAGUGCUAGCAAACGCAUUACUGCAUCAAAUCCUAUUGUGUGCUAAGAUUUGGUAUUACGAGGGAUGCAUGGAAAUGAGAAAUUUAGGAAGCCCUUUUAGAAGAAGCUAUGAACAUAAUGUGACAACUAAUGAAUCUUUUUUGCAAAGGGUAAAGGCCAGUUGAGUACAUGAAUAACACUCCAAGAACCAGUUCUGCAAAUGAUGACAUGCUUUGUAACAUUUAGUAUCAAUCAUGAUGCACUCUUAUUAAUAAAUUAAAGACCAUUCUAAUAGAAAGAUAAAUAAUAACCCUAUAAAAAGAGCUUAAAAGAAGGCUCCCCAUGAGACCCAAAGUACUCCCCAAUUAACAUGCAUGCUUGUCCACAUGCCACAGCGAAUAGGGCUGGCAAGUUACGUCAGAUAAAAUUGUUCCCCAAAAUAGUCAUCUCAUCUGUCGCUACAUCUAUUUAGAAUAGAGGUGUUACUUCAGAAUAAUGAGUAAAAUAAGUCCAAAGAUCACAUCUUAACUGAAUUGAGAAUGAAUCUGUCAGGUGUCCAGUCCAUCACUUAUGGGUGUUUAUCGGUGAAUAAUGAUAUAUCAGUAAUAUGACAUACACGUACAAUCAUAAGAGGCAAAUCCAGAAAUAUAUUGGGUGAUAUCAUGAAUCUAUAAAAAAGAUGCUUGCUUAAGUUUUUGUUUUGAGUUAAAAGUGUGAACAAAAGCAAAAAAAAAAAACAGAACACUGAUUGAUUGAAAUAGAAUGAAUCUAGUACUAUAAUAAAAUGCAUUGGGUGAAGUGGUGCCAAAAAACAACUACAGUUUAAAUCCAAAUUGAAACUUUCCUAGUCCUAGUAUAAUAGGAUGUGAGUGCUCAUCUAUACAUAACAUCUUAUUCAAAAGCCCACUGGUUCUCACAGCGGAUCUCCUUUUCCUCUUCAGGUGUGAAGACAUUCUCAAUGUUGAAUAUCCUGCGAACCUCUUCUGGGUUAUUAUAAUUAAUCAAAUCAGCCACAGUCUGUCAUGUCAGAUCCAAAAGGUUCUUGAUAUUCAGGUAGUUUGAAGACUGAAAUAUUACACACUAGUAUGCAAGUCAAAAGCUUUCAUGAUAAUAAAAGAACACAAUUCAGGUCAAUGAUAAAGAUUCUGCAUCUUGAUUAUUGCGCUAGAAGUAAAGUGGUUUAAAUAAGUGUGGAAUACGCCAUUGGAUUUCUUGCGGCAAUUUGUGGAACAGUUUAGAGAAGUUUGUAUUAAAGCUGAUCUCUAGAUUAUAAUGAAUUCAGAUUAGUAUAAGGUAGAGCGAAGUAUUUAUUGCCAAAUAAAAAGAGCUAAGAAGUGAGUUCCUUGUGAAAUAUUUUUUUAUAUAAUUCAUUGUACAAUAUCUCCGUGGUAACAUUGGCAUCGUACAAUAAAAAUCAGCCUGCUUCCGGAAGUAUUCUAUGAUUCUAUCACCUUUAAUUUGAGAGUAUCUCCGUGAUAGCAUUGGCACCGUGAAGGGGCGCAGUUGUCUGUUCAGCCGUCCUCUCUGAUUUGCUUUACCGUCUGCGACUCUUGCGCCGCCGUCUCGUCCUUAAUCAUGUGCUUUAUCUCUUUCACUUCAAAACUCUCCGUCGGAGCUUUUUGAUGUGAUUUUCCUAACUUCCGGUGUCUCGGCCGAAGACAUCGCUUGUCUAGCAGGACGAGAAUUGAAUUUCGUCAGUAUGGAUUACGAGAAGGCGAGGCAGGCAAUUAUCAUAUUUUUAGACGGAGUAUUCCAUAUUCGACUCCGAGUCAAAUUACUCCGAUACAGGCCGCUGAAACUUGAGGCUCUUUUUUCCCC